CCAUUGAGAGGAGACUGGAGACAAUUGAGAACUUCCUCACUCAAUACACUAAUAAUCUCUGCCCUCAUCCCCGACAAUCAGAUCGGAAUCGUUCUCCGACCUACCUCCUAUCAAUCGUUUAUCAGUUUUCUCCCUCCUAUUGAAAUGUGGAGUUUUGCAUCCAAGUGCAUGGCUGGAACUGUUGGAUUAAAAAAUGAAUCUCUCAAGGUAAAUCAUGUUGCAUCAGAAUGUUCAGAUGAUGAGGCCUCUUCUGUACUUAGCAGGGAGGAAGGGUUGGAGUGCCCUAUAUGCUGGGAAUUCUUCAACAUUGUGGAGAAUGUGCCCUAUGUUUUAUGGUGUGGUCAUACACUUUGUAAGAAUUGCAUUCUAGGACUUCAAUGGGCUGUUGUGAAAUUCCCAACACUACCAAUUCAGCUCCCUCUCUUCAUCACCUGUCCAUGGUGCAAUCUCUUGUCUUUCCGUCUGGUUUACAGAGGCAACCUGAAGUUCCCUCGGAAGAAUUAUUUUCUGCUUUGGAUGGUUGAGGGCAUGAAUGGUGAUAGACUGAAGUCUCAUUCUGCCUGCUGUGAAGUUCGGCAGCCAAUUUUGUCAUCAAAUGGCAAUUCUUCUCUGGGGAGCCAAGUGAGUCGUGGUACCCUUAGGAGGGGACAAUAUCUUCGUCAUUCUGAGCCAUCAGGAUCAAGUGACGGCCACAGUCAGGUUGAUAAUUACAUCAGUUUAGAGAGAAUACAAUCUUCUCUUAGGAAGUCCCUCGUGUUCUUUCUUCACCUCACUGCCAAGUUCCCACUGGUCAUCAUAUUUCUUCUUAUCAUCCUAUAUGCAAUACCUGCCAGUGCAGCUAUCUUGGCCCUGUACAUACUCAUCACUGUUCUAUUUGCUCUUCCUUCCUUUCUCAUUCUGUACUUUGCAUAUCCUAGUUUGGAUUGGCUCGUGAGAGAGAUAAUCAACUAAAAAGUUGCAUUUAUCUCCAAUCUCUGUAAUUAUAGGUUUGCACUUUGGUCACCUUAGAAUUUGACGACUUCCCUAUGUCCUAGGCGAGGCUGCCAUUAUUGUUUCCUUUUGCAGUCUCCUCGACCCCAUCUUCUCCCUAGGUUUUGACGCGUGAUUCCUGCAGAUUUGAUAGCAAGUACGAUUUCCAGACAGUAUUAGAUGUUCUCUAAUGUGGGAGAGCUUUUGUAAGUUAGAAUAGAGUUGAAACAGUUGUGUAAAGACUUUGAAACAUCUGAAUUACAGCUCUCCAUCUCUGUAUGGGAACUGAUGUUCUUCCAAUGUACAUUAUGUUUCUAUUUACAGCUGUGAUUCCAAUCUGAAAUUGAAAUUCUUCUUCUGGGUUUAUCAGCUUUGGUUCCAAUGUGUUCAUAACCCAUAACUUUCUGAAAAGCUUAAAGGGCGUGCAUCCACAAUUGAUGCAAUGUUGUUGCUGCCAUCUUCACCUCCAUCCUAGAAAUGAUUAAAGGGUACCAACCUUU